UUGUUUUGCUAACAGGGACAGCCAGCUGUAAAAACGCAAGGCGGGGAAUAUUUAGCAUUAAGAAUCAAACCAACCUUAUUCUCAUUGAAAAAAAUAGGUAAUAAAAACCUCCACUCGAUACAUCAAAUAGAGAUAUAUUUUCAUUAUUUUAUUUCCACUAACAUCAGUCAAUCCAGUUAGUGUGCAUAUAUUUUGCAACGCGACUCUUAUUGUGGGGACUGAAUGCAGCAAACUUGACUGUCUACGGGUUACCAUGGAAACAGACUGUUGACUACUUCAGAUGAGAGAUGAUGUAUGGAGCUCCAGUGGAUUUAUCUUUUAAAGCCAUUAGCAACUUGGAAGAUACACAGUCAGAAGAACCAAGCAAAGGUCUGCGGCCUUUAAAGACAAAUUCAGUGGGGAAAUUCCAAAGUGUCUCCCUUCGACUUAAUAACAAUAAUAUUACAAACCUCUAUGACCUUCACAAAACCAUGAACCAUUUCUUGGCUGAACCUUCACUGCUCGCCUGGCUGGACCUUUCAUUCAACCACAUCACAAAUAUAGACAAAGUUUUGUGUGAGCUGCUUCAACUAAGAGUGCUGUAUCUUCACGGCAACCGUAUUUUUACUCUAUCAGAGGUAGACAAGCUACAAAGUCUUCCACAUCUACACACCAUCACCCUACAUGGAAACGCCAUUGAAACAAACAAGGCCUACAGGAAUCACGUGAUAUCUACUCUGCGUGGAUUAAAGACGAUGGACUUCAGUGUUGUGACCCCUCAAGAGCGAGCUUUGGCACAAAUAUGGCACCACAGCAACAAUCCAGGAAUAAUGUCACCAAACAAAAGUGGGAUGUUUUUCACGAGAUAGAAUGUCUGGAUAGAGUUCAAGCCAAUGCCAUUGCCAGCACUAUCCAAUAUGAUUUUCGUGGGGCGGUUCUUUCGUUCUAAAAAUCCAUAAUCAAAACCAUAAAUCCUUGAAAGC